UAGGCUGCCUCUCCAUUUUCGCUUACAGCCGAGUUAGCAGAGAGAGAGUGUGUGAGAGAGAAAGACAGUAGAGAUGAAGACCAUUCUGUCGUCGGAGACCAUGGACAUCCCUGACGGGGUCCAGAUCAAGGUCCACGCCAAGAUCAUCGAGGUUGAGGGACCUCGAGGCAAGCUCGUCCGUAACUUCAAGCAUCUCAACCUCGAUUUCGAGCUAAUCACCGACGAGGAGGGAAAGCGUAAGCUUAAGAUCGAGUCCUGGUUCGGCUCCCGCAAGACCAGCGCCGCCAUCCGUACUGCUCUCAGCCACGUUGAGAAUCUCAUCACCGGUGUCACCAAGGGUUACCGAUACAAGAUGCGUUUCGUGUAUGCCCAUUUUCCCAUUAACGCUUCCAUCACCAACAGCAACAAGUCUAUUGAGAUCCGUAACUUUUUGGGCGAGAAAAAGGUGAGAAAGGUGGAUAUGCUUGACGGAGUCACUAUCCUCCGAUCUGAGAAGGUCAAGGAUGAGCUUGUUUUGGAUGGUAAUGAUAUUGAACUUGUUUCAAGAUCUUGCUCCCUGAUUAACCAGAAAUGCCAUGUCAAGAACAAGGAUAUCAGGAAGUUUCUUGACGGUAUCUAUGUCAGCGAGAAGGGAACUAUCACUGUGGAAGAAUGAUCAAGUGGUGUUAUAGGAAUACUCUUUUUAGUCUUUUGAAGUAGUUUAUUUUCUUGAUGUGGCUGGCUAGUUCUAUUUAAUUGCGGGUUUUGUCUGAACGACUUCUAUAAGCUUGUUUGAAAUUGAGAUUGGGAUCGACAAUUUUGUGUUAUUAUAGUUAUCAUAAUUUCUUUUUCGUUUUAACUUGUUUCAUUUCAUAUUUAACUAUGUUCAGGGGUUUGUUUAAUCCUCUGUUCAAGUGUUCUCUUGCUUCUUCGAUUUAUAUAAUUUGUGUUUAUUUUGAA